AUGAGGAAGUACUACUAUCGGCGGCUAGCCGACCCCCAUACCCUCUUCGACCGGUCCUACUUGCCAGGCGAACGAACGCUUCUGGAGCGCACCAAGUGCAUAGGUCUGUCCAUGCCCAACGCGGCCAUCUGCAUCAUCAGCGGACGCCUCGUCGUCACCAACUUUCGAGUCAUCUUCGAUCCCACCUCUGGCGACGACUUCCUCAAGGAGAGGAUGGGGUGGGAGGAGGGUGCGCGCGUGAUGGCCUUGAGCAAUAUCGCCACCGCCGAAAGGAGCGGGAAGCACCUGACCCUGCACGCCAAGGACAGACUGAGACGGUGGUCGUACGAUCCCUACCUCGAGUUUGGGCGAAUGGGUAUCACGGAAGGGGGUGGUGGCCCAUGGCGCAUAUCUCACGCCAACGAAGACUUUAAGCUGAGCCCGACCUACCCGUCUCUGCUGGUCGUUCCGUCCGAGAUGACAGAUCAAGAGCUCCACGAAUGCGCCAAGUACCGGGUCAAGUGCCGUCUGCCCGCUCUCUGCUGGCGAUCGGGGAGCGCCGUGAUCUGUCGGUCAUCACAGCCACGAGUCGGCCUACUGGGGUUCGCUCGAUCAUCGGCCGACGAAAAGUUCAUCAACGCACUCGGGGCAAUCAAUCCGUCGGUGCCAGUACGAAUCAUUGACGUCAGGCCCAAGCUCACCGCGGUGAUGCACAAAGCAACGGGCGGUGGUUACGAGGACUAUCCCAACACCGUUGUAUCAUUUUUGGAUGUAGAUAAUAUUCAUGUCAUGCAUGAGAGUUUAGAUAAGCUCAAGAAGGCGAUUGUGGAGGGAACGAUCAAGGACGAGGCGCAGCUGGACUGGUUCGACCGAACCGGCCGGAUGCUGUCCGCCAUCUACGACGUGGUGCGACACAUGGCCGUUUAUCCCGGUCCGGCGCUCAUCCACUGCAGCGAUGGCUGGGAUCGCACAAGCAUUGUUUGCUCCAUGAUGGAGCUUAUGAUGGACUCCUUCUACCGGACCAUAAGUGGGUUUUGCGUUCUUGUUGAGAAGGAGUGGCUCUCCUUCGGCCACCAGUUUCACAAGCGAUGCGGCCACGACCAGCUGGGCGGAGACACGCGACCGCAGUCACCGAUCUUUGUACAGUUCAUCGACUGCGUGUGGACCACCAUGCAACUCUUUCCCAACGAUUUUGAGUAUAACGAGGAGUUCCUGCUGUUCGUCUUGGACAAUUUGUACACAUGCAAGCACGGCACGUUCCUCUACGACAGCGACUACGAGCGACGGGAGAACAAGGUCGAGGAUACCACCACCUCGCUGUGGGACGAGGUCAUGGACAACAUCGCCCUCUUCCGCAACCGCGACUACCUCUAUCGACGGCGCACCACCAGGCCAGGCGCCAACAACCCCAACGCCGGCGACGACGACUCCCCGCUGCGCAGCGACGACUCGCCGAACCACUAUGCCCGACGUCGUCGGUCGGGCACCGUCGCCAUCGGGCGUACGCCUGCAGCGAUGCGGCCACGCGCCUACGAGGAAAUGCUGCCCGAGCAGCCCAUCGACAAUAACGUGCUGCUGGGGCGGCGACGGCCCAAGGGCCGCAAGACGCUGGCCACGAUGGAGUCCAAGGAAAUCGAGGAGCUGUCGGCCGCGGGUGGUGGCGGCGGUGCGGCGCAGUCCUUUCCGGCCGUGCCCCAGCUGCGCGUCCCAUCGCAGGCGCAGCAGGCGCGCGUCACUGGGGCUUCGCCGGCAUUGGCCACGGUCCUGUCGCCGCGCACCAUGGACGAGCUGCCGCAGAAAAUCCUGGUGCCUUCGCCCAACGCGCUCUCCUUCCUCUCGCCGUCGCAGCGCGUGUGGAGUAACUACUACCUCCGAUGGCUGCCCGAGAAGGAGGCCGCCCGGCUCGAACGCAUGAUCGUCAAGCACCUGCUGCUGGCGGCCAAGCGCAAACAAAAGCGCAAGUCCAACCGCACCGUCAACGUGCCGUCGUCCUUUGGCACCAAGCAGGACGUGAAUCAGCUCGGCUCCGAGGCGCCCUACCCCACGUGCUCCCUCGCGACGGCCAACAAGCACCUCUCGACGGGCGACGUGGUUCUGUGGCUCACGCCCGAGGACACGCUGAACCGGGAGAUGGACAUCUUUCUCGAGAAACAGUUCACCCAGGCCGGCAUGGUCAUCAACAAGACGGAGGCGCUCUUUUUCGACUACAAGGGCUGGAACGAGGUGCUGGAGACCGCCAAGAACGCCGCGCCCGACGACAUUCUCUUCGUCUGGUACCAGACCGACGCCGGCGACAUGGAAGUCGCCUCCCUCAGGUAG